CGCGGUUCUGGCUCCUAGCAAUGUGGAACUACAAGUCCCAGAAUCCUCUGAGAAAGCCGUAGUCAAGUUGCCGGUGGAAUUGGCCCAGGAUGACAGCUGGAGAAUGGAGUCAGGUUUGAAACACUGCAGUGACCGUAAUCUUAGUAACGAAAACAAACCAAGAAGAAAGGCUACUUACAUUCCUGAAAGAUGAGAAUUCUGUAAUAUGUUUCAAGAAAGUCUACUGAGCCGUGUUUCUGAACGUGUUUCCAUGGAUUGUGACUUCAUCCCCCGACAAAAUCGUUUGAGUAGAGACACCUGCCUCCAUUCUUGGCAAGGUCUCCUUUACAUUAUGUCCAAGUAUGAGAACCAGAUUACUAUUUUCACUGACUACCUAGAAGAAUUCCCGGAUACAGAUGAGCUGGUAUGGAUCUUGGGGAAGCAGCAUCUUCUUAGAACAGAUAGCUUGCCUGAGGUUAUCAAUGACAUCACAGAAACCUCAGAAUUAACAGCUCACUGUGGCAAAGAAUUUGAUUUAGGGGAGCAGGGGGAACAGGCCCUUCAUCUGAUGCUGGCUGGGGAUGUAUGCUGCGCUGUGGACAGAUGAUGCUGGCCCAAGCCCUUAUCUGUAGACACUUGGGAAGGGAUUGGAACUGGGAGAAACAAAAAGAACAACCCAAAGAAUACCAAAGGAUACUGCAGUGUUUCCUAGAUAGAAAAGACUGUUGCUAUUCAAUCCAUCAAAUGGCACAAAUGGGUGUAGGAGAAGGGAAAUCAAUUGGCGAAUGGUUUGGACCAAAUACAGUUGCACAGGUGUUAAAAAAACUCGCUUUAUUUGAUGAAUGGAAUUCCUUGGCUGUUUAUGUUUCAAUGGAUAACACGGUGGUCAUUGAAGAUAUCAAGAAAAUGUGCUGUGUUCUUCCUGUGGGUGCUCACACAGCUGAUGAGAGCCCUCCAGAUUCUCUGCCUGCUUCCAGUCAGGGUAAAGGUCCCUCUGCCACAUGCCCAGCCUGGAAACCCCUGCUGCUCAUUGUGCCCCUUCGCCUGGGCAUAAACCAAAUCAAUCCUGUGUAUAUUGAAGCAUUCAAAGAGUGUUUUAAGAUGCCACAGUCUUUAGGGGCUUUAGGAGGAAAGCCAAAUAACGCCUAUUAUUUCAUAGGAUUCUUAGGUGAUGAGCUGAUUUUCUUGGACCCUCACACAACCCAGACCUUUGUUGACACUGAGGAGAGUGGAAUAGUAGACGAUGAGACUUUCCACUGUCUGCAGUCUCCACAGCGAAUGAGUAUCCUGAACUUGGAUCCUUCUGUGGCCUUGGGAUUUUUCUGCAAAGAAGAGAAAGACUUUGAUAAUUGGUGUAGCCUUGUUCAGAAGGAAAUUCUGAAGGAGAAUUUGAGGAUGUUUGAAUUAGUUCAGAAACACCCAUCGCAUUGGCCUCCUUUUGUACCUCCAGCCAAGCCGGAAGUGACAACCACAGGCGCAGAAUUCAUAGACUCCACUGAGCACCUGGAGGACUUUGACCUGGAGGAAGAUUUUGAGAUUCUGAGUGUGUAAGAUAGUGAGAACUCAACAUGAAGGUCUUCUGCCUUCCAUCUGGCUCCACAAGAACUUGUUACAUAAAACUUUUCUGGUCAGCAAGUGCCUGAUAUGCCAACAGCAUACGAACUCAAUAGCAAUUAUGACUGAGCCAAUUAUGAUUCUUUAGAAAAAAAUCAGUGGCACCAACCCUUCCCUGAACAGAAAAAGAAAAAUCAUGGAAUCUAGGAGAAGAAAGAUUAGGAAUCCAUUGCUCCCAGCUUCUCUUACAUGGGGACAGUAAGUCUUUAGCAGCUGGGAUGGGGAGCAUUUAGAAGACAGACAGCAGCUUCCAUCUUGCUGCAAGUACCAGCAGAUGAGAGAUGGUUGUACUGUUCUUCUUCAUCGUUUCAGGUGUGACCUCUUUGGGGACAAGUACUAAGAAGAAGUCUGUUUUCUUGAUCAAAUAAUAAAAUAAGUGAAUCAGGGAGAAAUACUCUUGUUAAAUUAUUUGAAUAUGUAGUUUACAUAAUUAUAAUUUUUAUCAAAAUAUUUGUCAAAGAAAUGAUGUCAAACGUACACCUCUUAAUUGUCUUCUGGUUUGGAGGAACCUAUUCAAUAGUUCACAGUCUCCACCCUUACUGAUGUCACCAUAUCCUUAAGUCAAACCAUGAUCACUUGAAUCAGAGGUGAGCAAACUUUUUCUGUAAAGGAGUAGGUAGAUAAUAUUUUAGGCUUUGUAGGCCAUGUGGUCUUUGUUGUAACUAUUCUGUGCUAUAAAAGCAGCCCUACAUAGUAUGCAUGGCUGUAAUCUAAUAAAACUUGAUUUGUAAAAGCAAGUGGAGGGCUGGCCAUAGCCUUCCCAAUCACUCACUUAGUGUUCAUUUUUGGUUUGAAGGACUAAAUAAAUUGUUUGAAUUAUG